AUGGGCUACCAACCAACCAACCCUCUAGCUGUCAGACCAAUUCGUCCGGCUUGUCACUUCCUCUCCCCACCGAUAAACAGUGCUGAUAUCGUUCUUCUGCUGGCACAUAUGCGUCCCCCUUUUGAGUGUCGACGUCUGCGCGCAGCCUAUGUAGGUUUAAAUUGGGGCGACUGCAAUAAUGUCCGUGGGCUACUGCACCCGCGUCAUGAUUCCUGGGAAAAGCCGCGCGUCCGGUUUACGUUGACAAAUUAUCCAGGGCAUAGGCUACAGAAUCUGGCGUCCGAGCGAGAGACAAGUGUAUAUUGCCCACUUGAUCUUCCAGGCAGUUUCACAAGGCAAAACCUCCGUCAUGAUACUGGUGCGGCAGAUGCCUGCCACUUGGAUGCAUAUGCCUACUUGUCGUCUUAUGCGGGUGUGCCCGCUGUUGAUGCUUGCAUCAGUGCGGGCUCGUUGUACAAGACGGCCUGCCUCUACCGGAUGCAAUUUACGAACGAUUAA